AUGGCAUCCAACCUAGAUCUUAAAGUUUCUGUCCAACUUAAUGGUUACCCCUUAUUCAGAUCGCCCCAAAUAGCCCUCAGCUCUACUAGAGCCCGCGCUAUACAAAGUAUAAUCGACAAAUGCGCUCAAGACGUCGAAUAUCAACUCACACGGGCCGGCGCAGAUGAAAGGAGAGACGCGGAGCAAGAUAGGAGAUUUCAAGAAAAUUUGAGGGCUAAUACGGCUAACCACAAUCCAUCUUGGGAUGCUCAGCUUUGA